AUGCUUACCGGAACUGGAAAUUGGCGCAGGAACAUGACUCGCGCACAAACAGAUAUUGCAAACCCCAUACAGAGCACAGGAAAUCGGACCGCGUCGCUUGCGACCUUGGCCAUAGUAUGCCUCGUUUUCUUUGUCGACAUUGCCAACCUGGGCAUGGCGAACAUCGCCCUUCCGACCAUUCAGAGAGCACUCGGUUACGAUGAAGGAUCGCUGCAAUGGGUUCUGACGGCUUAUUCGCUGACGUUUGGCGGCUUUUUAAUGGCCGGAGGCAGGCUAGGUGAUAUCUUUGGUCAUAGAAAUGUCCUCCUUUUCGGCAUGACGCUGUUCAACAUUGCCACAUUAGUCUGUGCUCUUGUUAAUGAUAAGAUCGGACUUGUGGUUGGGAGGGCGUUUCAAGGGGUGGCGGCGGCUUUUACAAUUCCUUCAGCGCAAUCACUGGUUGCCUUGUCAUUCAAAGAUCCUGCGGCUCGGGUCAAAGCUUUUGGUGCUUGGGGGGCGUGCGGCUCAAGUGGUUUUGUUUUUGGGCCCAUCCUUGGCGGUGUUUUUACUUCACUUGUUUCGUGGGAAUGGAUCUUCUGGAUCUCCCUCAUCGUCGAAGGCGCCCUUGAGAUUGCCGCCAUCGCUCUGCUCCUUACGAGCAACUUGCCCGGCGCAGCAUCUGCAACCAGCGACAAAUGGUCCAACUUGCAUAUUCGCCUCGAUGCCCUCGGGACCUUCUUCUCUGUAUCCGGCUUGAUUCUUCUGGUCUACGGACUAACAACCGGCAAUGUCCAUGGCUGGGACAAAGCGGAUGUCAUUGCAACGCUGGUUGUUGCCGUAGCGCUACUUGCGAUCUUCAUCUUUGUUGAACUGAAGGUCUCUUCUGACCCUGUCCUCCCUCGCUAUCUCUGGGAUGAUCGGAUCAAAGCCCUUGGAUGUGCGGUCGCCGCCUUGACAUAUGCUGUGUGGCAGGGUUCGAACUAUCUGUUGACCCUUCAACUUCAGAAUUUCGGUUACUCCGCCCUAUCAACAGCCCUCCACUUCCUCCCUCUAGGCAUAACCGCCUGCGUCGUCAACUUCGUCAUUCCCUUCCUCCUGGCCCCUGUUGGUCCCCGCAAUCUGCUUAUUGCCAGUUGGCUUCUGGGUCUGGCGGGUGUUAUCUUGCUCACUCGCAUGGGCAAUGGAAAUGAAUAUUGGCAGUUCUGCCUUCCCGGCAUGAUUCUUUAUAUCGCCGGUAUUGGAACGGUAUACUUCGUCGGCAAUGUUACGGUCGUUGCUACAGCGAAGGAAGAGCAUCAGGGAACUGUCUCUGGUGCUUACAACAUGUUCCUCAACGUUGGAGGCGCUGUUCUCGGCGUGGCAGUCUUGACGGUCAUCUCUGAUUCUGUUGCUUCGAAAAACGGCGGCAAGAGCAAUCCCCAAACAAAUCUCGAGGGUUAUCGUGCAGGAUAUUACGCCGCCAUUGCCAUGAUCGCCAUUGGAUUUAUUCUCUCGAUCUUCUUUGCCCACAAGAAGGGCCAACAAGGCGAGCAGCAAGAGGGAGAAGAGAAGGGAAACGAGAAUGACGAGAAGAAAGCGGAGAAAAAAAGAAUUGUCUGCUGCAACUGAGACUGCAAGCACGACUGUUGGCGAAGAGAGCGAAGGCAAGGCAAAGGGACAGGAAAGAACGGCUGGCUCUUCGGGAGAAAAUGGUGCUGUUGGCUCCUCCAACGAGUCUGACAAG